UUUACGCUUUGCAAGAAAAGCUAUGAUUUUUUAGGCAUAUGUUAUAAUAACAGUGUAUUUACAUGCUACGUUUUAACUUCCAGGUGUGGCCUAGAGGCCAAACUUGACAUCCUAAGCCCGUAUAGGCCUACAUUCCACUUCUUCGCGAAAAUGAAUUGGAUUAUGGAACAGACUAAGCCUACGACAGACGUCUUGAUCUACCUCUUCUUCACCCUUCUGCUGGGACUUCUGUCUCACUGGUUCAUCAAAAGACAGAAAAAGAUAUGGGCCAUCAACAAGCUACCGGGACCCAGGGGUCUGCCGAUAAUAGGGAACGCUCUUGAGAUGGCUCUAGAAUCUAAAGAACUCUUCGAGAAGAUGAACAGCUUCGGAGACUACGGAGACAUAUCAAGGAUAUGGCUUGGGAAUCAACCGGUCAUUUUCAUCAGCGGAGCCCACGCCACUGAGGCCGUCCUCAGCAGUUCCAGGCUCCUGGAAAAGAAUUUUGCGUACCACUUCCUCCACCCAUGGCUGGGCGCAGGACUACUUACGUCGUCUGGGCAGAAGUGGCACUCCAGAAGGAAGCUUCUGACUCCAGCGUUCCACUUCAAGAUUCUGGAGGACUUCGUCGAGGUCUUCAACACAGAGAGCCUGAAGAUGGUCACUAAACUGCGCGCGAGAGCGGACGGGAAGCCCUUCAACGCCUUCCCUUACGUGACGAGAUGUACGCUUGAUAUAAUCUGCGAAACAGCGAUGGGGACUUCAAUAAACGCCCAAGAUGACGAAGGUGAUAACACUUACGUCAAUGCUAUUUACAAGAUAGGAUACAUGACCCAGCAACGCGUCGCCAACGCCUGGCAACACUCAGACCUUCUCUACUGGUUAUCAGGCUACGCCAGAGAGCGCGAUUCUUCCAUUAAAAUCCUUCACGACUUUUCUCUGAAAACUAUUAGAGAAAGGAGGAAGCUUUUCCAAGAGAGGACUGAAAAUGCUGGAAAAGUGGGAGAAGAAGAAAGUACCGGACCCAAGAAGCGUCUAGCAUUCCUCGACCUCCUGCUGGAGUAUUCCAAAAAGGGCGAAGCUGACCUGUCUGACGAGGACAUCAGGGAGGAGGUGGACACCUUCAUGUUCGAAGGGCACGAUACUACGACGGCAGCCAUCAACUGGUCCCUGUUCCUGCUGGGUUUGCACCCGGAGGUCCAGAGCAAAGUCCACGAGGAACUAGAUGGCAUCUUCGGUGACUCUGAGAGGCCAGUGACUACAGAGGACCUGAGGAAUUUGAAGUAUCUGGAAAACUGCAUAAAGGAGGCCCUGAGAAUAUUUCCGUCUGUGCCUUUCUUCGGCAGGGAAAUCAGGGAAGACAUAGUCAUAGGGGAUUUCCAUAUUCCAGCAGACACUCCAGUGACGAUCCUGACGUACCGCCUGCACCGCGACCCCAAGUACUUCCAGAAUCCAGAGGUUUUUGACCCAGACCGAUUCCUGCCUGAGAAUAGCAAGGGCAGGCAUCCGUUUGCUUAUGUGCCCUUCAGUGCUGGGCCCAGGAAUUGCAUAGGUCAGAAGUUCGCCAUGAUGGAGGAGAAGAUCAUCCUCAGUCACGUCCUGAGGAACUUCCGCGUCGAGAGUGAGGAGACCAGGGGUCAGGUCGAAGUCCUCGGGGAGCUGAUCCUUAGACCGGCUAAAGUGAACCACCUGAAACUUUAUCCUAGGCACAAAAGACUCUCUGAAACUUUAUCUUAGGAAUAAAAGACUUUCUGAAACUUUAUCUUAGGAAUAAAAGACUUUCUGAAACUUUAUCUUAGGAAUAAAAGACUUUCUGAAACUAUCCUUGGAAUAGAAGACUUUCUGAAACUUUAUCUUAGGAAUAAUAGACUUUUUGAAACUUUAUCUUAAGAAUAAUAGACUUUCUGAAACUUUAUCUUAGGAAUAAAAGACUUUCUGAAACUUUAUCUUAGGAAUAAAAGAUUUUCUGAAACUUUAUUCUGGGAAUAAAAGACUUUCUGAAACGUUAUCAGGGGAAUAAAAGACUUUCUGAAACUUUAUCUUAGGAAUAAAAGACCAUUAAACAGGAUUAAAAAUAAGUAAACAAAAGACGGAUAAGCAUUAGCCAGCCGUGUUGACGAAUCCAAGAUAUGCUUAUCAACAUUCAGCAGUAGUUUCAUGGUAAUGUCACAGAAUAAUUGUCACAUAAUAAUUCCUCAUGUCCUGAUUAUUCAUGAUAAAUGGAAGUCAUCCACUGGAUUCGUUACGGCUGCGUCAUUGCAUCCAAUAUUAUAAUUACAUAAUUGUUUCCCUACUUUUGUGUGUGUGUGUGAUUGUGUGUUGGGGGAAUCCCCUUCUCUUGUUAGUUUUGGUAACAAUGAAUUAUUUAUUUGUCUUAAGCUUGCGUCAUCUUCGAGGGAAUAUUAUCAUACACGUUGGCAACAUUUCCUAUGAUCAAAAUCACUCACGUCCAGUUUGAGAAGAAAAGAUGUUUGUUUGUUAUUCUUAAUGAGGGAUAUGUUAUUGCGCGAAUUGUAGGUAGUAUUAACUGUUUUCCGACCCCAGCUGCAUUACUAACUGUCAUUUAAUUUGUGUAUGUAAACUCUUUCUAUGAACACCAACGUCUGUUGUUAUUAUAGGCCUAGUUCUACUUUAUUUCUAUGUAUGCUAAUAGGAACAUUAGUAGAUGCAUAGGCCUUCAGAUGAGACGUAUAGGUCAUAAAAAAUCAUACAAACAGGAACAUUUGUAAGUGCAUAAGCCUAAAAAAGGCGGAUGAUUUUACAUGAAACCUUUCAGAAAAUUAA